ACCGUGUUUAGUUCCGCAGGUGUUGUAAAUCAGCUGAGCUUUAGCAAAAUGAAACACACGGUGAAAGUUUUACAUUUCUAAGUAUUCGGUCUUUUUAAAGCGGCAACAAAUGUGAGGACCUAGUGCUGACAAUAUACUAAAGUCAAGAAAGGAACUGAACUAUACCGGCAUCAACAAGAAGCUCAUGACAGCGGGUGCACGAAGAGGAAACUUCGCAGUUGAGCAGAACAGCCUGUCCUGAUGUGUUAAUAAUCAUGGACGCCGUUGUGAAAUUCACAAGCCAAAGCCAAGGGAGAGACCGUAUAUUCAGAGCUACACAGUAUGCCUGUGCACUGUCAAUAUAUUUACUACGAAACAAGCCUGAUAGAAAGGACCUGGUGGCCAGACUUAAAAGUUUGGAAAAUAAUCUAAGUGCUGGACGAAAAUUGCUCAGGCUAGGAAAUGCAGCCAAUUCCAUUGUGGCUGCUAAACAAACCAUGCAACUCUCUGACCGAGUACUGGGCCUGUGCCUCACAGUGGCCAACAUCAACCGGGCCCUCUACUUUAUCUGUGAUAAUGUAGUGUGGGCCAGAAAUGUGGGCCUCAUCCGCAGCAUCGACAAGGAACGCUGGAGCAUAAAUGCCUCUCGCUACUACCUCUUUUCAUUAGUGAUGAAUCUGACCCGAGACCUAUAUGUAAUUCUCCAGUUGAUGCAACAGAAAGGGAGAGAUAACCGCCUCAAAAGCCAGCAUCUCAGUGACUGUCCUGAAGUAGCGGAAGCCGUUAUUCCUGAGCUGGAUGCCCUUAUUUUCCUGCUUCUGGAGACUCUGAGAUCAGAACCGACUGUUGCCUUGGACACUGUGAAGAACAUCUGCGAUCUCUUCAUUCCUUUAGAUAGGCUGGGCAUUUACAAGUCAAGUGCAGGAGUUGUUGGAUUUUGUGGGCUGAUAUCUUCACUGAUUGGCAUUAUAACCCUCGCACGACCCACUUUGAGGAUCAAACCCUGAUAAGGAGGGUGGAGUUUGACCAAAGGUUAAAACAGACUAGCAAUAACAGGCAAGAUUAUAUAUUCCAAUGAUAAUUGUGUUGAGUGGUUUUGCAGCAGAAUCUGAAUUUACUUUAAGGCUUUCUGGCAAUAAUAUAAUUAGAGAUGCAUCAAUCAAGAAUUUCAUGUCUGAUAGCAAUUUUUAAUUUUUUUCUGUAGUCUAACCUUCCAAUUGAUAUUUUUUGUUCAUCAAAGAAGGUAAAUUAAGGAACUGCAGGUUAAUUAUUUAACAUAUCAAAUCAUUUCCCUAACCUGUGUGUGAUUUUAAUAUUCUAGUAGGAAGUACAAAGUACCUUCUACUGGUUGAUUGCUUACAGAUUAAAAUUUUGUGAAUGCUUAUUUGUGAUGCAUUUAAUGACCAGUAAAAAAAUUCAGGUUUGACCGAUAGUCAAGGGACAAUUCUGUUUUUCUGACUGACUAACUGGUGCAUCUCUAAAUAUAACUAACAGCAACCUGCUGCAGGAAGUACUUUCUAAACAACCUUAAUAUCAAAGACUUGACUUUGUUGCAUUUCUGUAAACACUACCAGCAGUUUCACAACUGAUAGACUCCCAAGUAAUAUGAAACAAAAAUUGUUUAUAUUGCAGGGUUUUUUGUCUGCUUUCAAAGAUGUUUAAUAUUUUUAUUUGUGGAAUUGUUUGAUGAUUACAUCUGACCUUUUUACUAUUUCAUACUUUUGAAAUAUAUUGGGUUUUGUACAUCACCUAACUAUGCAAGAUGUUUUGUCCAGACCAGGAAACAAUUUGUACCCGCAUUGGUGAAUUGUGAUUAACAAUUGGUAGGUAGUGAGAAAAAGGGAUUCUGUGACUCAAAAAAGUAAGAUUAACAGAAUGUUACUCAGUUAUUUGAUUUGAUCAGAGGUCAUAAGCUUUUUUUCCUCAACGAUCAACCACCAGAGAUCAGUAAUAGAGUUGCAGAAAAUUUUGAAUUAUGUAAACUUUUUAAAAUUCAAGGAAAAGGGAUGACGAUAUAAUUUAUCUCCAUAUUUGAUCAAGAAUGUUUACCUUCUUAGAGGUAAACACUUGGAUAAUAGUGCAUUAUUGUCCAAGUGUCGACUAGAAAAGUUUGUUUGCCGGUGUGAAAGGGAGGACGGUUGAGAUGAAAUAAGUGGCUACAUAAUGGAAGUACAAAUUGAGGGUUAGUGUUCAGGCCACUGCCACUGCUGUGCUUAUUGUUUUGUGAUAAAAUGCUGCUAAUUUGAUAUGACUGAAGAGUUAGUGGCUUCUCUGUCAAAUGACGGGAAACAUUUAGAUUUUAAUGUGCUACUGAAAUAAUCUGCUGGACUUCAACUAUAAGUACUGUUGAUGAGGUUAACUCAAAGAAAAGUGAUACAGGAUUAAGAGGAAAAACUUUGCAUGGCCGUUUUAUUUGUUCAAGAAGAGUUUGAGCUGCAAAUACUUGGAAAUCUGUUGUUUGCAACUAAAUGUAUUGGAAUUUGCUCCAUGCAACAUGUUUGUCUUUCAGAAGUAGUUACACUGCCCUCUUUAAGACAAAUGACAACUUGUACAAUUGAAGAGCUUUUUAUUUUCUGUUUCACUCAGACAACAAUACAUUUUUUUGUAAAAGAUUAUUCUCAAGAGAUGUUAUAUUCAUCCAGAUAUUGCAAAAAUACAGUAUAUUCCAUUGUCUCUUUCACAAUGGUUUAGUUUGGCUGUGCAAAGAACGAAUAAGCAAUGCACAAAAUAGUCCCUCAAAAAUGUACAGUCAUUAAAAGCAAUAAAUACAUUUGCUCCAAGCAAAUAAAAUGCAAUAAUAUAUAGUUGACAAAAGGUUUUAUUUCACAUUUCCACUGGUGUGUUAUUGUUUCCUGUACCAGUAAUCUAUUAAAUCACACCUCAAUGGAAAAAUGUGGAAAUAGUUUGCCAAGUUGGAAGAUGAAAUUAAACUGAAACUUAGACAGUUGCUUCAAAGCACUUUUAAACAGACGUGGCUUUGAGUUGAUAUCCUAAUAGGUCUUCAAUCCUAUAAGACCAAGUCUCUAUUACUGGAAAACUUUGAUCUAAUUUAUUAAAUAUGCCUGUAUGUGCAUUUAAAGAGGCAUCUUUUGAGAUUAUGCAAAAAUAGAACAAAGCACUUUUAAAAAGUGGCAACAGUGUCAAGCUAAAGAUUUGUAAUUACCGCUGGCAGUUUUUCUUUUCCCUCAUUGGACAAUAACUGUGUGAUGAAUCUACCUGCUCUCUGAGUGAAAAGGCACCUUCAGUAGUUAGCUCCUGCAACAGAUAAAUAAGAAAAAGGUACGUAGGAUUUUUUUUUCACAAAUGGUACACAUGUCACAGGUUAUCAGUUUUUUUCCCUCGUGUAAUAUUACUUGUACUAUGUUAGAGGUACAUAUUUGUAAGCUUCUGAAAGAAAAUGGUUUUAAAAUGUAUUGCUUUCAGCAAACUAUGGUUUGAAGAGUCUCAUUAUUGCUCUAACCAUGUUCAAAUUUCAACUUUUUAGUAGAACACUGCAAAAUCCCAAUAAAUUUUGGAUAUGCACUUAAGUUGUGCUUAUGCAUUUUUUUAUAUACUUGUUUAUUUUUUUAUGAUUUUUAGUAUUUGAAGCUGGUUUAUACUUUAUGGGAUUACAGUUUUUCCUCCAGUCGUCAGUGCCAAUACUUUUUUUAAUUUUAUUUCAUAUGUGCUCAAACAGAAUAACUAUUGUUACUCAAAUCCUUCAAACGUAUCAGAGUACCGCAUUUAAAAAUGUCUAUUUGAUUGCAGAAAAAAACAAAAAAAAACAUUUGGCCACUAAACUUUUGGCAAUAGAGCUGCUGCACAAAGAAAUCAUCAGAAGCAAAUUACAUAGAUUCCUGCAGGUAUUCAAUGUUUUUGAAUCUCUGACAGAACUGGAUGGUAGUAGAAACUCCUGUACAGUUUGUGAUUAUCGCACAGACAAGAAGACAACAAAUGAUGGGAAAAAAAAAAUUAAGACAUAAGUACAUGGCACAGACAGAAAUAAAACAGACAACUUCAGCACAUUUUACCAGUAACCAAAAUUACAAUUGGACUAAAAGCCAUUUAUAGAAAUGAUCUGAGAACACUGAUUUUUGCAGGAUAAACCAGGAGCAUUUUGGAAAAUGGGCAACUAGGAAAGUUGGAAAUGUCUGACAUACAGUGCAUGUCAAGGCAAGUGUUAACUUCAUUCAUCCAUUAUAAGUCACUUUUAAGACAAUAGAUGUGAGUACUGCUACUAUGAUGCAAAUGCUUAGAGAAAACUACAAAUAUUCAAAUUUCUACACCAGAACCAGAGAUUGUUCCGGUAAAAUUAAAAGCACAGGUUGUGACCGAUCAGAUGCACAUUGAUAUAUAUCAGAGUGUCUAAAAUCUUGAUGUGGAUCCCUUUUGUGUUCUCACUACUCCUUAUAACAAACUUAAACCAAGCAAUUUGGGCAUAAAAAAACCCCACAGGACCAAUCGCUUGCGACUCCUUAAAUUACACACUUUAGUCACAUUUCUCUGAAUAACUCCUCAAUGUAACGCUCAUAGAAGGUAGCAAUGCAUUGUUUUUAGCCAAACCUUCUAUUAAACUUAAUUCAGGGCCUUAACAGCAGUAAAAUUACACAAUAAAAUGAUCAUCCAUCUACAGUGUGAACAGCAUUAUUUCUAUGGAAGUAAAGCUAUGGUCAGAAGACUUGAGAGAUGAGUAUGUUGAUCAUUUCAUAUUAAAAGGCAAUUCAUGGCACUGUAGGCUACAUUUGUGAAACUGACUCUAAAAGUGCACAGUACUAUGUGAAAUCCAGCAAAUAUACAGUGGAACUAUUAUUGUGGAACCAAUGUGAUUUUCAUCAACAUAGUUUUAAUCUGCUUUUUGACAUGAACCAUGAGUUACACCAUAUGUUCGUAUCCACCCAAGUGACCCACACAUACAAAGAAAUGAAUUAUGCAAGUCCCUGAAUAAGUUAUGUGAAAUGGAAUGACAUUGAAAAUAUCACUUGAAGAAAAUUAAGUUAAUAAAUGCAUGAAAAGCAGAGAAAAAUACUGGUCUUUCAGUGGAAAUUAAUAUCACUAACAGCAUAGUCCUGACAUUGGCUGCUAAAAUGUAGGCCAUAAUCUAGAAGCAGAAAGAACAUUUAACCAUAAGCCAACCAUACCCAGGUGCUCUUUUUAAGAUUACUAAGAAUAAGUCAACAAUCAGAAUAAUUGUCCAAGGGCCAUAAAGUAGUCAAUGAGCAUUAGAGACACCUGCAACUAGCAGGAACCGUUUUCCAUGAAAACGGUAAGUAAUACACAUAUCUGCCAUGACUUCUGUAAGAAUUACUACACAAAACUCCACUGCUGAAAAAAGCACAUUUAAGACCUUUUAAACUUGCAGCAGUACAUUUGGACGGACCAAACACAACACAAGGAGAAUUCAGGGGAGAUGAGACCAAAGCUUCACUCUUUGAAUGUCAUUAGACACACCAUGUUUGGAGGAGAAAUUGCACUGGAAUCACCUUAAAAACAACAAACAGUGAAGUUCCAAGGUGAUAAAAUCAUUAUGUGGGACAUUUUUUUGUAUACUGAGAUUACCAGACUUCAUAUAACAAGUGCUAUUCUGCUUUAUUACAUAUAAUUUAAGGAUUUAUUUGUGCUCCAUUCUUUGUAUGUGUGGGUUACUUGGGUCAUUACUGACCUCCAGGCGAAUUUCAUGGCAAAAGCGUCCUCAGUGACUAAGACAAAUUUGACGUUUUCAAUAAUUCCCCACUGUGAGUAUUUUUUGGCAUUUCGGAGAAAUGAGACAGAACAUUAGCAGGCA